AAUAAUAAUAAUAAUGGCUUGAAAUUAUGAUGAUAGAAACAAAGCCAGGUAAGUUUAUUCUAUUCUACAACAAUCCAAUAUCUGUCAACAACAAAGCAUUUCAGAGUGCUUUACAUUGCACAUAAAAAGAAAUUGAGACACAAGGUGAGGAGUAAAGGAAGCAGCAAUAAUGAAUAAUAUAUCCAGGGCUGCAAAUAAUGACUGUUCUCAUUAUCGAUUCAUCUGACAUUUAUUUAACUGGAUUAAUCAUUUAUUGUAUAAACUACAAUACAGGUGUAGUGUGAGCAUGGUGCAAAAAUAUGAUUAAUUGGGACCAAGAUUUAUUUUAUCAAUUAUCCCUUUUAUCUAUAUCAUUUUGUUGAUUAAUCAAUUAAUAUAUUGAAGAAGGCCUAUUAGAAUUUGCCACAACUCAGAUGUUUUGUUUUGUCUGAUUAACAAUCAAAAUUCUAAUUUUCUAAUAUCACGUCUGACAAAGAAAAGCAGAAACUCCUCACAUGCAAGAUGCUGGAACCAAAUGUUUGGCAUUAUUGCUUUAAAAAAUGACAAAAAUUAAACUAUAAAAAUGUGAGAAUAAUGUAUAAUAACACCACUGUGUACCCACAACAGAAAAAGGGGAAAAUAACAUUUCUAUUUUCAUAUUUUCCUAUGAAUAUUCUCAUUAUAACGAAUAGCAGAAACUCUGUCCUCAGUCCAAUUAUACCUCCACAGCACUGAGCUGGAGCUGCAGACAAAACAUGGCAGACAACAGUCAGGGUGUUACAAGGCUUACAGGCUUGUUGCCAUGACAACAGAGGACCCCCUCCACCCCCCUUCUCUCUCUCUCUCUCUCUUUCGGGCACACACACACACACACACACAGACACACACAGAUAUAUACAGUAUUACAGUGGAAUCCGCCUUGCUCUGAGAUCCGUGCUCUGCUAUUGGAAGCAGGAAAAAUAAAGGAAAUACAGCACGGAGCGUAGGGAUACUCCACAUCUCCACAUCUGUUUUGGAUGCUCCAAAUGAGUGUACCUGCAGCAACGGCACAGAAAUCAGACGGCAACAACAGUGAAAUGCAAUCAGCUGCAGUGGCUCCCUCCUUCAUCCCCAGCCAGUCGGGGAAGAUACCGGGCAGGAAGAGAGGGAGACCCCCGCUCCGCAAUGUCGCCAAGAUGGAUUUUCCUAACCGUUACCCGGAAUCGCUCCCUCCACUCAAAGUGCCAAAGAAGAGGGGGAGAAAGCCGGGCUUCAAGCUCAAACCCAGGAUGGUGAUGACACCGUUGGCUAUUUCUCCACCCAGCAGCACCCCUGAGCCUGAUAUGAGCUCCAUUCCUCAGGAUGCUGCCACCAUCCCCCACUCUGCCACGCCCCAGGUGCUCACAGUCUGUAUCUACAUCAACAAGCAGGCCAACACAGGCCCCAACCUGGACAGGAAGAAGAUCCAGCAGCUCCCUGAUCACUUUGGACCCGACAGGCCCUCCGUGGUGUUGCAGCAGGCCGUCCAAGGCUGCAUCGACAGCGCCUUCCAACAGAAAACGGUGUUCACUCUUCUCACACAAGGCUACGGGGGAGAAAAAAUAUCAGGUGUUGUACAGAGACCCCCCUCAGCCACAUUUGAUGGGAAGCAGCACCUUCUGAGCCUCCCCGUGGUGAACAGCAUCGACUAUGUGCUUCGUUUCCUGAAGAAACUCUGUCGCAGCUUGCACUGUGAAAACCUCUUCAGUGAUCAGCCCAUUACCCAGCACAGUGGUGGCUCCUACCAGUCAGAUGCUGAAACGUCCAUGGCUGAGGACUACCAUUUAGACCAGUCGGACGGCAAGCGCUACUCCGUGGACCCUGGUGACUCUGCUUUCAGCUCCAUAAGCUCGUCCUACUCGCCAAAGCCCUCCUACGGGUUUCGCUCGUCACAGCAGUUCCCCAACGGCUCGGCCUCCAUGAGCAUGUGCAGGCAGUCGUCCACCAGCCCAAACACGUUUCCAGAGAGCAACAGGACAGGAGGUUAUAAUGUGUCUCCAGAGUCCCAGGAGUCCAAAGCUCCACCCAAUAAGGACCCAUCCACCUGGUCUGUGGAAGACGUUGUCUGGUUCAUCAGGGAUGCAGACCCCCAGGCUCUUGGCCCACAUGCGGACGUCUUUAGAAAACAUGAGAUCGAUGGAAAUGCCUUGUUACUCCUAAAGAGCGACAUGAUCAUGAAGUACCUGGGACUGAAGCUGGGACCAGCCUUGAAGCUUUGCUACCACAUCGACAAACUAAAGCAGACUAAGUUCUGAAAACCUUCCACGAUUAUGUCUCCCCCCUUCUUGAAUCCAAGAGUACAUCUGAGUAGGAUUACGUCUGGGGAGCCCAGGUGUUGGGUCUCCGGGCGUGAGGUGAGCCACUUUCUUUGGGGUCCUCAGAAGCAGGUGUCACUUCCUUUUCUGCCACAAACGUGUAAAAGCAAAAAGGCUGCUAUUUUUACAGUUAAUGUAAAAUCCAAGAAAGCCCAAGAAGACCGUCUUUUAUGAAGACGAUUGUAAACUAACAAAAUUAUGAAUAAUAGGAGCAGAGUAAGAACAGGAUUGAACUUAACGCUGAUAUCAGUGGUGAUACGAUAGGGCUAAUAUGAAUGUUGUUUUCUCCAACAUUACCUGCAUUUUAUGUGACAACAACCAGGCUGAAUUUUUAAUAUAUUAUUCCCAACUAACACAAGAAACAUGGUUGUUUUUUUAACUCUACAAAAAACAUUAUGUGAACAUUACUUAAAGCUGCAGUAACACAUUUUUUGGCCACUAGGGGGCAGCUGAAACACAUUGUGAACACCACACUGACAUAUCAGCAUCCUUUAAAGUUGAUAUGGAGACUUAUUAGCAAACAGUUACUUAUUUACACAUCCAGCAGUUAUGGAGCAACAACAUUAUGAUUCAUUUGGAGUCAUGUUUCUGAAUCACAGAGAAUUUUGACUCUCGUUUAACUCUGUUUUUGGUCAUUUUUUAAAAUAUAUUGCUCUUUAGCUGCUAGCAGCUAGUCUUUAACGGUGUCUGUCUGCUGUUUUGUGCUGAGCAGGUAGUGUGCAAUGGGUUUUUAUAGAGGUUUUGCUGAAAACAGAUGCCUCAUGUGGCCAAAAGCAAGGCUAAAAGAGCAGUGAGAGUCAGCAAAAACAGUAACGUUGUGCUCUGGAGAGUCCAAAGUUCAUCACUUUGAGCAAUUUCAAGCUAUCAUUCGAUAGGUUGUUAUUAUAUUGAUUUUAGGUGCUUUAAAGUGGAAAAGUGUUUAAAGAGGGGGAUAAAAAGGAAAGUGACACCCCUCACUUCUGGGCACCCUAAAGGAAGUGGGGACCCAACUCUUUUCCCAUUGGCUUGUGUACCUGGGAUCCACAGACUUGAGAGCUGCAGUUGGAUCCUGAUACAGAUUUUUUUUGAAGAUUUCCAUGAUGUCAUGUAGUGAUAAUUACAAAUCCACCCCUCUCUCUCUCUGCCUCUCCUUCUCUCUCUCAUCUUUAACUUACUUGCUCUACUUUUGGCACAGAUUUUGGACUAGAAAUCUUCAGAUUGUGGAAUGCAUUCACCAUAUACAAACAUUAACAUAAAUGUAAUCAGUAAAAGAGGGCCAGUGUAAGAAAACGUUUUGUCUCACAAACCUCCAUGAGCAGCACAACUGUUGGCUGCAUGCAGAUUUCAUUAUAUAUAUAUAUACAGCAUAUAUGUAUUCAUCAUCUGACAAGAAAUGUAUAACAGAAAACACUUUAUACCUUAAGACUACUUUCACUUUGUCAAAUCUCACUAUAGGAUCUUGUUUACUUGUGUUUACCAAGCUGAAAACAUAUCUAUAACUGUACUGAAAAAUGGUGCAUUAAAUACUACAUUGCUUUUUGAUUGAGAGAUUUAGAGGAUCAUUUUGAUACUAUUUUUUCACAUUACUGUGUAAGGAAAAAAAGUAAUGUUCCCAUUGGAUUUGUCAUUCUUUUUUAUUAUAAUUUUAAUAUUAAAAAACAGUAUAACCUAAACAAAACAUAACAUAGAAUGACAGUAGCUCUCUUGUUACUAUAUAUAAAGAAAAAUGAGAGCAUCGUGAACGUGAUAUAUUUAUGUUUCAAUAUGCAAGAUUGUUACAUGCCAAUUAUCUCCAUAGGCUCUUCAUGUAUACUCAUAAGAACGUUUUUUUAUUUCAUAUGUUUCUAUGUUUUUAUCAAGCAUCAGUGUUGAUACAGAAGUUGUCAAAACACAUAAAACACGUAAAUGUUACACUAAGAAAACCUAAAACGGCCAUGUAAAUGGGUAUAUAAUAUAGUAUUGCUUUUGUAUACCACUUUUGGUGUACAGUAUGCAUCCUUUUUUAAUCAAUUAACCUUUGUAAGUGAAUGCUGCUGUAAAGAUAUUACAUGUAAGCCAUGCCUAGUGAGAUCAAGCUAAGGUGUUUUAUUUUGAAAAUCACUAUGAAUAAGAGUUUUAGAGAAAGCUGAGUGGAUCAGUACUCUAUGCUGGUGCUAAAAGUUAUCUAUGUAUUUAACUGUUUGCUUUUGUGUUUGUGAGAUGUAAAGGAAAUCUUAUGUGUAUACUGUACCGUAUGUGAGUAUUAAAUUAAGAAAUCAAGUAAUCAGA